AUGGUGCGUCUCAAACAUAGAUAUCUACUUGUCAACAUCCUCUAUCCGCCAACCCCGUCUUCCAACACUCUUCUCUCUGCGAAAACCCUCACGCAAGCAAAGGGCGAACCCGACGCUGAAACCCAGUUUCAUUUACAAGUAUGCCGGCCGACACCGGAUCAUAUAAACGCGCAAGUCCUUGCAAGAAUGAUAAGGGAGGCAGUGAGUGAAAUGUUUGGGGAUUGGGGCAUGGGGGAGCUAGGAGGCGCGGGAGCGGGAAGUGUUAGCGUUAAAUAUCUCUCCCCCGCGACUUCCACGACUAUAAUCCGAUGCCCCCGUGCCAGCUAUCGCCUCGUUUGGGCCGCCCUCACAUAUAUAUCUUGCCUGCCGGAGUCAAAGGAUAGGAAGCCUGGAGUUAAGAAAGUGCAAUCCUUGGAUUGUGUAUUCCGGGUUGUGCGAGUUUCUGGCACCAUGAAAAAGGUAGAGCAGGAGGCAGUCCGGAGAGCGAGAUUAGAGGUGGCGAGACUGUCGAGGGAAUGGGAGGAAAAGGGGAAGGAUGUCCUUCAAGAAAUGUUCCCAGGUGGUACGUCGGAAGGACAUGGAAUGGGUGUCAUCGAAAGUGAUGAUGAUGACGAGGACGAGGAUAGUGAUGGCUAA